AUGAUUUAAAAAGAAUUAAAUUAGCUUUUCAUUAAAAAUAUAAAAUAUUAGCAAAAGAUCUCAACUUGUUUACAUUUAGCUUAAUUAUUUUCGUUAAUAUUGAUAAAUUUUUAUUAAAUAUUGUCCUGGUUUACAAAAGAUUUAAAUAUCAAAUUAAUUUUUACUAUUAAAUAAAAGGAAAAAGAAUAAAAGGAGAUCAAAGAAUAAUAUUAAUAAGCAAUUUUAGAUAAAAAAAAUCUUAAAGAUUAUAAUGAAGUGGAUAAAAUGACGAUGAUAAAGAAAUUCGAAGAUGAAUGUAAUAGAAUUUAUUUUAUUCCUUAGAAAACAAAUUAAAAUAGGAAUUUAAUCAAAAUUAAACUUAAUAAGAAUUAUAAAGAAGCAUUAAGUAAAAUUGAUUAAAUUAAUAAAAUUAAGUUAGAAUCAGAAAAAAAAUAAAAUGGAAUUAGAAAAAGUAUAUUUAUAAUAAAUUUAUUAUAUUAUUUUUAGAAUCAAUAAUGUAAUAAAUCAUUAUCAUUUUCAAAUACACAUAUACAUAAUAAUUGUUAAGUAAGUGAAGAUGCAAAACUUGUUGCAUAAGUUACAAAUAGUGGUUAAUUUUAUUGUUUUUGUGAAUAAGCAAUUCCAAAGACUGGGAAAUAUAGUUUGCCUUUUAAAUGAUUAAUGGAUCAUAUUUUCAAGUUGGAAUAGGAUAUAGAGACAUUAUGUAGAAAAAUAAUUAUCAUUAGUGUUACUAUACUGGGUAUGGGUAUAUAAUUAUAUUAUAAUAGAACAUAUUUAAUAUAAAAUAAUGGUCAUAUUUUUUCUCAUCAUAGCAAAGAUUUACUUGA